GUACACACUCACCGAUACAUACGCACACUUCAAAGCUUUCGACGAAGCUUUCAAGAAGCUGCCCUAAGUAGCCAGUCAUAAACCUGCAACCAACUGUUGACGCUGUGCUUGGACUCUGUUUAAUAUACACUUGCCUUUCACCAUGAAUCUGGAGCAGCGCACUUAUUUGCUGGUAACGGGCGCUUCGCGCGGCAUUGGCCGGGAGUUGGCAGAGCAAUUGGCGCGUCAGUUAUUGCCCACAGGCUCGGUGGUGGUAUUGCUCGGUCGCAGUGAACCGCUGCUGCAGGAGACAAAAGCAUCCAUUCUGGCGGAUCGUCCCAAACUGGACGUGCAUUCGUGCUCACUGGAGCUCGCCACGGCCAGUGCCAAAGAUUUUGGGCGCAUUUUCGAUAAAACACUGCCGGUCAAUGGUUGCAAUGAGUUUGAGCGUGCCAUUGUCGUGCACAAUGCGGGAACGCUGGGCGACACCUCACAGCAUGCCAGGGAGCUGGCUGACACUAAGAUACUGGAGCAGUACUAUCAUAUCAAUUUGUUCUCGGCACUGGCAUUAAACUCGGAAUUCAUGCGGGUGUUUGCUGGCAUUCCCAAAUUGGUGGUGAAUCUCAGUACAUUGGCGGCACUGGAGCCAUUCUCUUCAAUGGCCUACUACUGUACGGUGAAGGCGGCCCGUGAGAUGUAUUUCCGUGUGCUGGCGCUAGAGGAGCCCUCGACGGAAACGUUGGUGCUUAACUAUGCGCCCGGCGUUAUUGACACACAGAUGACGCUCCAGGUGCAGAGGGAGUCACAUGAUCCGGCAUUGGCGGCUGCAUUUAAGGAGCAACGCGAAUCCAAGACUAUGCUCACGCCACAGCAGACAGUGUCCAAGUUCUUGCAGGUGCUGCGCGCACAAAAGUUUAAAUCGGGCGAUCAUGUGGACUACCGAGAUUAGGCUCAUUCAAAUAUAAAUUCUUAAGUUUUCCGGUUCAUGGAUUUUACAUUAUUCUACAUUAAUUAAAUACAAAUAA